UUCUCGUCUCAGCUCUAUACACUCUGAGCAGAGCUAGUCGAACGAGAGACGGCGGAGUUCAUCAUCGCCGUUGUCUGAAAGGUCCUUGGUUUUCCAUUUUCCGACCGAUAAGCAAAGAUGGUUCAAUAUAAUUUCAAGAAGAUAACAGUGGUGCCUAAUGGCAAGGAGUUUAUUGACAUCAUCCUUUCCCGCACACAGCGUCAGACGCCAACUGUUGUCCACAAGGGUUAUAAGAUUUCCCGGCUCCGCCAGUUCUACAUGCGGAAAGUCAAGUACACGCAGCAAAAUUUUCAUGAGAAGCUCUCUACCAUUAUCGAUGAGUUCCCUCGUCUCGAUCAGAUCCAUCCCUUCUACGGUGACCUUCUUCAUGUUCUUUACAACAAAGAUCACUACAAACUCGCCCUUGGUCAAGUGAACACCGCUAGGAACCUGGUUAGUAAGAUUUCCAAGGAUUAUGUGAAGCUACUGAAGUAUGGGGAUUCUCUGUACCGUUGCAAGUGCCUGAAGGUGGCUGCUCUUGGCCGCAUGUGUACUGUUAUAAAGAGAAUCGGCCCUAGUUUGGCUUAUCUGGAGCAGAUCAGACAGCACAUGGCAAGGCUUCCGUCUAUCGACCCGAACACCCGAACAAUCUUGAUUUGUGGAUACCCGAAUGUGGGCAAGAGCUCGUUCAUGAACAAAGUUACCAGGGCAGAUGUGGAUGUCCAGCCGUAUGCUUUUACUACAAAGUCGCUCUUUGUGGGUCAUACCGAUUACAAAUACCUGAGGUACCAAGUCAUUGAUACGCCGGGGAUUUUGGAUAGGCCAUUUGAGGAUCGUAACAUUAUUGAAAUGUGCAGUAUUACGGCAUUGGCACAUCUUCGAGCUGCUGUUUUGUUCUUUCUGGAUAUAUCAGGUUCAUGUGGUUACAGCAUUGCUCAACAGGCAGCACUGUUUCACAGCAUCAAGUCCUUGUUUAUGAACAAACCACUGGUAAUUGUCUGCAACAAGACUGAUUUGAUGCCCAUGGAAAAUAUAUCCGAGGAGGAUAAGAAACUGAUCAUGGAGAUGAGAGCUGAGGCAAUGAAGGCUGCAAUGGGUCAGGGGGGUGAGCCAGCAAAUGAAGAUGCUGUGCUUUUGAAGAUGAGCACUUUGACGGAAGAUGGUGUUAUGGCUGUGAAGAAUGCUGCCUGUGAGAGGCUGUUGGAUCAGAGGGUGGAAGCUAAGAUGAAAUCCAAGAAGAUCAAUGAUCACAUCAACCGAUUCCAUGUUGCUCUCUGCAUACCUCAGGCGAUUCUAGAGGCUAAAGCAAGGGAGGCUGCUGAAAAGGAGAAGAGGAAGACCGAGAAGGAUCUUGAAGAAGAAAAUGGCGGAGCUGGAGUUUAUUCUGCUAGUUUGAAGAAGAACUAUAUCUUGGCUCAUGAAGAAUGGAAAGAAGACAUCAUGCCUGAAAUUCUAGAUGGUCAUAACAUUGCGGACUUUGUCGAUCCUGAUAUUCUGUAUAGGCUCGAGGAGUUGGAGCGUGAAGAGGGUCUCAGGCAGGCUGAGGAAGAAGAAGAUGAUUUUGAGAUGGACGGUGAAGAACUCACGCCAGAGCAGAAAGAGCAGUUGGCUGCUAUCCGCAGGAAGAAAGCAUUGCUUAUUCAGGAGCACAGGCUCAAGAAGAGCAAUGCACAAAGCCGAGCUGUUGUCCCGAGAAAGUUUGACAAGGACAAGAAGUUCACGACAAAGAGAAUGGGAAGGGAAUUAUCUGCAAUGGGUCUUGAUCCUUCUUCUGCGGUUAACCGUGCUAGAAGCAAGUCCAGAGGCCGGAAGAGGGAGAGGUCCGUCGCAAGAAAUGAUGAUGAUGGUGAUGAAGCCAUGGAUGUGGAUGGAGAGCAACAGAACAAGAAGCUGCGUCUGAGAUCCAGAUCCAUGUCGUUGUCCAGAUCAAGAUCGAGAUCACGGCCUCCGCAUGAAGUUAUGCCCGGUGAUGGGUUCAAAGACUCUGCCCAGAAGAAGAAAGCCAUUAUGAUCGGCAACAAGUCUCAUAAGAAGAGGGAUAAGGAUGCACGCCGUGGAGAAGCAGACAGAGUUAUACCAUCUCUUAAACCGAAGCACUUGUUUUCCGGCAAAAGGGGCAACGGCAAAACCCAAAGGCGCUAAAACCCUCAAGGUGAAUCAGUCAGAGAUUAUGUCUGGAGUUUUGGAUAAGUGUCGUCUCAGAAUCUUGCAUUCUUAUUGUUUCAUUUCAAAGUUUUGGUUUUUUUAUCAGCUUUCGUUUCACAUACAUGCUAUGGUGUGUUGCAUUUUCAAUGUUACUGACUGUGCUACUAAAUAUUCGAAUCGUUUGGAAUCUCAAUUGGAAUUUGCUAAGUUGGUUCUGGGGAA